CCCGUGCCCCCUGCAUUGGAAGGGUGGAGUUUUAAUCACUUGACUUCCAGGGAAGUCUUGAUUUGUUCUUAACUCACAGAAUCUGUGACUUAUAUAAUGAGUCAUGUUUCUUUCCUUUCACUGGCUAAUGGGUAGCUUGGUGCUAGAUUUGUGGCCUGCCAUCCCCAGUAUAUAUAUUAUAGCACAUAUUUUUGAUUUGUAGGCCUUCCAUGGCAUAUAAAGAGAGAUUGCUUGUAGAAUGCCACACAGAAAUUAAAAUGUAUCAACGUAAGUAAAUCUCAAAAGAUCUGUGUAUCUCAACACAAGUGAAUCUCAAACAUGUGGUGUUGAAUGAAGAAGGCAGGUUGCAGAAUGGUAUCUACAGCAUGAUGGCACUUAAUAUAAAAUUUUAAAACAUGUAAAUAAUACUAUAUAUGGCUUGUGGAUACACAUACAUGUAAUGCUAGUACUAAAGAGAUGUGGGAUAAUCACCAAUUCAGGAUAGCUGUUUUUUAUGAGAGGGAGGGUAUUGAUAUGUUGUGGGGGUAUCAACUCUCUAUAGUGUUUUAUUUCUUUAAAGAAAUUUGAACCAGAGACAGCAUAAUAUUCAGAUUUAUUAAAGCUGGAUAGUGGUUACACGGGCCUUCAGAGUAACAUUCACCACACUUUGCUGACUAUCUGAAUUAUUUCAUAAUAGGAAAAAAAAGAAGCAGAAAAGCCCUCCCUGCCUUCAGCAAGUAACUGCUCUUGUUCUUAACCCUUGAAGUCUUUCCUCCUUCUGACAGCAGCUCUGGAGCUUCAGCAAGGCCUCCAGGCAGGGGACUAAUCUUGUGUUCUUUGAAAUGCCCUUUCACAGGCUAAGGAAAAGGAUUUCAAGCAUUUUAAUUCAGUGAUUUACAUCAAUGCCUCAGAAAACCUGCUUCCUCUAGAGGCAUUUCACACGUUUCCAAUCUUAAAGGAACUGGAGCUUGCAUUUAACGGCAUCAAAACAGUCUAUGUGAAAUACGGAGACUUUAAGUCCUUGGAAGUAAGUUGGAGUUCCUGGACCUUUCCUUCAACAGCCUGACGGCGGAGGCCAUCUGUGACCUGGGGAUUCUGCCACAUCUCCGUGUCCUGCUCCUCACAGGCAAUGGCCUCACCUCUCUGCCACCCAGUUUGGCUGUCGCAGAACAGUCUUUGUGCACACAGGGAGGCAUCUGUCACAUCGCUGACCACCAAGAGGUACAUCCUGAGGUUCCCAGCGCUGGAGACACUGAUGCUGGAUGACAACAAACUCUCCAACCCCAACUGUUUUGUCAGCCUGGCCGGGCUCAGGAGACUGAAGAAGUUAAGCCUGGACCAAAACAGGAUUUUCCGGAUCCCGUACCUACAGCAGGUUCAGCUCCGAGAUGGGUCUGGAGACUGGGUUGGAGGCAGGGGGAGUCCCCGGAAACAGCCCCAAUCCAUGCUGCAGCCCAAGUCGUGGAUAUAUGAGGCCUCAGAUGACCAGCCGGAUUAUACUAUACUGCCCAUGAAAAAGGAUGUUGACCGGACAGAGGUCGUGUUCUCAUCUUAUCCUGGAUUUUCAACCUCAGAGACGACCAAGGUAUGUGCACUUCCGCCCAUAUUUGAGAUUCUUCCUGUGAAGUCACUGAAGGCGAGGAACCAGACGCUGGCCCCGCCCUUCCCAGAGCUGAGGUACCUUAGCCUGGCCUACAACAAGAUUGCAAAGGAAGAUGCCAUCCUGCCAGUAGCUCUCUUCCCAUCUCUCUGUGAGCUCAUCUUUCACAACAACCCUCUGGUGACCCAUACUCGAGGGGUCCCACCACUACUAAAAAGCUUUCUCCAGGAGCGGCUGGGAAUCCACUUAAUUCGAAGGAAGAUAGUAAAGGCUAAGCAUCAUAUUUUGAUGCCUCGGAAGGACUCUCGGAAGGUGAAAAAUCAAGUUCCCAAGGUGCCAAAGCAGCCUAUGAUUCUCCCUCACCCAUCCUUGAUGAUCAAGUCUCCCUCAAAGGAGAUGCUGGAGUCAGAGGCAGAGCUGACUAAGGAGCCGCCUGCCACCAAAACCAUUUCUGUGGAGCGAGAGAUGCCCAUCGAGGGCCUGGGGGGCCUUCCCAUGCCCCACCGGACCUUCGUGCCACUGCCUCCCAUUUGCUCCAACUCCACUGUGCAUAGUGAGGAGACGUCCCACCGGAGCGAUGCUGCUGGCCGCCUCAGCCCAGACCACCUGUCAGAUGAGGACACCAAGAGCACAGAAUCCAUCUUCUUGACCCAGGUCAGUGGGUUAUCUUCCUCCAUCUUCCGGAGGGAUGAUUCAGAGACAAAGGAGAAAGACCAAAGACCACCAUCCACAGCACCCAGAGAGGCCAAGAGUACUCAGAAACCCCCAUCUGCCUCUUGCCCCAGGAAGUACCGUGGCUAUGAGGAGCUGCUGACAGCCAAGCCUGACCCCACCUUCAUUGAGCCAAAAGGAAUCCAGAAGAAUGCACAGGCCUUGCAGCACAUGUUGAAAUACCCGCUCGUGUACCGCUCCAGCAAGCCCAGGCUGGAUACUCUGCAGAAACACUAUGUUCCCAAGGAGAAGCGGACCCAGAGGAUCCCUAUUCCGCCCCCACGGAAGACUCGAGCCCAGCUGCUGGAUGACAUCCUCAUUCGCAUGCGGGACACCCAGAACAUCACAGAGGCGCCACUAGGAGCUGUGCUGCGCCAGCGGACAGAGCGGCGGCUGGUGAACCAGAAGCAGUUCCUGGAGGCCAAAAAGCUGCUGAAGGAGUUCCGUGCGCGCUACCGGCGGCUGGUGCGCUGCUCGCUGCGGUCAGUGUUUGGGACCACAGCGCCGCCCCAGGCCCGCCCAGCACUGAGCGGGAGCCAGCCUAAGUUGGGCCACUUCCUGGAAUUCAUGGAUGAAUUCUGCCAGGAGCCCACAGCCAGUGACUUGAAAGGCUAGGGCUGUGCACAGUGCCACGGGUGCCAACUAGCCUGUGCCCUGCGCCCUUCACAAGGGUGCCACACCCUCGACCGCUCCUUGGGACGAGUUCGGGUCUCCAAGCUCUCCUCAGCCUUGCUUGCUGGCCACAGAGAGUGGUGAGCUGGUCAGGACCUCCCCUUCCUGGGCCAGGCAGGAACCAGCACCUUGUCCAACAGCAAUAAAGAGUGAGUGCAUAGAGCAAGGUAGCCCUCAUUCCUUUUUGGAGCCUGGGCCAGGUCAUUUCAUUGUGGGAAAGAAACCCCAGCUGAUACACAUCCUUAAGAGUCCCAUGGGAAACCUGCCUGAGUCACACAGGUGGUAACACUGUAAUCCCUCAGAGCUGGGGUAAGCACUGAGACACAAAACGGUUGCUGAAAGAGAGAAGCAGCACAGAAGCUAAGGCUCAGAGAGGUUAACUUGCCCACAGCCAGAUGUGUGCACGCCAGCCAAGUGUGUGCGCGAGGGGGGACAGGUCCAAUAAUGUGUGUCUGUGUUGGGAGCAGGGCUCAGGUGCAGAACUGAGCCAGGACCUUGAAAUCCUUGAGGUUCUCUCUACCAGGUCACCUUUUCCACUGUGAUGGCAAAUGGAAGGGAGAAGAGAGGACUGGGGAUUUCCUUGUUACAUGGACAUCACCACAAAGUUGGGACAAGUUGAGGGAAGGGCUUACAUGGAGUUUCCCAAGGUCUUCUAAUCCAGGAUGCAAACCAAAGUCCCAUGUGCAAAUACAGUGGGAUGUGACUCUAAAACUGGACUGUGGACUGUGCAGGGUCAGCCUGGACGCAGGGUAAGCAGGCUAGUUCUGGUCAAGGCAGCUGAAAGGGCUGCUCCAUUACUGUGCAAGCACAGUACUCCGCACCUACUGCAGAGGAGGGUCAGGAGGCAGCCACUGGGGCUGAAUUCUGGAGAGUGCACUUGGGGAUGGACACUGGGCGUGACCUAGUCACCUAGCCAAUGAUUGCUCCUUGGAUUGCUCUCCUGGAGGUGCCUACAAGCCAGACCUGGGGCAGGCCUGUAGUUCCCAGGGUCCAGGAAGCAGUGGCAUAGAAAUGAAGGAUCCACAGCAAAGCACAAAGUCUCACAACCUAAGGUGUAAUUAAGGCAAUUACAGAAGUAGUCUGGUUGCCACAGAUCUGUGGUGCAGUAUCUGCUGUAUCUUGAGUGUGAGACUAUUAGGACACAAGUGUUCGCAUGUUAUCAUACUCAACCACAGCCACAGACAGGGGGCCAGAUACAUAUUUACACCAAGCUGUGUCAUACCAGACAUACACAUUCAAGUUCAGACAGUCUCAUGCACGAUCACACACAUUCUCAUAGACAUACCAAGUUACGAAGUCAGUUACAUCUCACUCACACAGGCACCUGGACCAAUUCAGGUAAUACCUACAGUGCUACCCUCCAUGGCACUCCUGUGCUGGGGCCUGUUGUUGAAUUGCCACAUUGGAUCGCCCAGGCCCAAAACCACCCUUCUGCUAACCUUAGGAAAGAGAAUCCACCCCAACAUUCACGCUGUAAACCUCACUAGGUUCGAAUUCAGGAGAUCUGGGAUGCUCCCUUCAGCCAGAAACACCUAUCAAACCAUAAGCUCACAGGCCUGAAAGGCUCCUGAGAACAUGCUGUCCCAGCUUCAAGGCAGGAAGUCUCUUGCCAUCUCCCCAGGAGACCACUGUUUGUGCUUGCACAUCUAGUGACAGGAAGCUCAUUCCCUCCAAACGCUGUUCCUUCCUUUGUUGGGAAAACUAUUGGAUGGCUCAAGUCAUCAGGCUAAGCAUCUGCCCAAGUCCCUCAGUAAUCCUAACUCUGCUUUUUGGCCCAGAGCAUAUCUACCCUCUCUGCCCAGUCAGGCCAGUCCUUUACCUGUAUGAGACUAUCCUGAAGCGGUUAUACUUAUCUAGAUCAGAUGCUCUUACCUUUCUGUUAUUCCACAUGGAUACCAUCUGAAUAAACUGGUUUUCCUAUAAUUUUGAAUGCUGAAGCAAGACAUUCCAAUAUGGGGCAUCUUCUAGAGCAAAAAUGGCACCAGAACUCAUAUACAGUCUACACUUAGCUCAGAUUUGCUUGAGAUUGCUCUCCAGAGAUAAGACUUUGACCAGAAACAGAACAUUCAUGAGUUUGCUUUACUGUAUUCUCAACUUGGGCCUCUCCUCAGCCUGGCAAACCUACAUUGAGGAAUGCACUUUAGUACUGUUCAAAUAACGCAUCAUCCCAUUUGGUCUUGUGUGGGCAGAAGCAUUCCUGAUAGGCAUGCUCUGAGUCCUCUUUGUCAGAAUGCUCUUUUUGAAGAGUUGGAGAGGAGGCACCUAGCAGGGGCACUGCCAAGGAUCAAGGCCCCUUCUGUGCUCUACUGCAGACAGCAGGUUGAAUAAAACCAAAAUCCAAACCAUUUUCUUUCUGGGUAGAAGGGGAUAAGGCCUUAAGGAUAACUGU